AUGGCGGGCAUCACCUCUCCUGUCACACUUGACAGGGUGCGCGGCGCGCUAUGGGGCGUAUACAUCGCGGACGCAUUGUCGAUGCCCGUGCACUGGUACUAUGACGUCCGUGCCCUUCAGCGCGACUAUGGGCGCAUCACAACCUACCAGGCGCCCAAGGAGCGGCACCCGGGUAGCAUCAUGAGCGUGAGCAACACAGGCGGGCAUGGGAGGGGCGGGCAGGGCGGGCGCAUCAUCGGCGACGUCAUCAACCACGGCAAGCACGACCGCUGGGGCAAGUCGGGUGUGCACUACCACGAGGGCAUGGCGGCGGGAGAGAACACGCUGAAUGCGCUGUGCGCGCGGCUGGUGACGCGCGGCAUGGCGCGCCGCGGCGGUUACAGCCAAGAGGGCUUCCUUCAGGACUAUGUCGCUUUCAUGACUACCCCUGGAAGCCACAACGACACAUACGCAGAGAGCUACCAUCGCGACUUCUUCAAGAAUUGGGCUGCCGGCGUGCCGCCCGAGAAGUGCGCCGGGGAAGAGGGCCACAACACCGCCUCCAUCGGCGGCUUUGUCACGCUGCCGCCGGUGAUCCUGGGGGCAAUGCGGCAGGGCGCGGAGGCUUCGGCGGCGGCAGCGCGGCGCCACCUGGCCCUCACGCACCAGUCGCAGGCGCUGGGGAACUAUGCACAGGUGUACUCCCAGCUGCUGGUGGAGGUCACCAACGGGCGGGACCUGCGGGAGGCAGUGCGCUCUGCGGCCAAGGAUGUGGGGGUGGACCUAGACGCUGCGCUGCGGUACGGCUACACCGACCAGGAGGUGGUGCACCGCGUGUACGGCUCCGCCUGCUACAUCACAGACUCCUUCCCCAGCGUGCUCUACCUGGCUUACAAGCACACCGACAGCUUCGAGGAGGCUGUGCUGGCUAACACCAACGUGGGCGGAGAGAACUGCCACCGGGGCUCCGCGCUGGGCGCGCUGAUGGGCGCCGCGCACGGCGUGGCGGGCAUCCCGCGCCCUCUCAUCGAGGGCCUGCACGACAGCAAGGCCAUCGGUGGCGAGAUCGAGGAGUAUGUGAGCGCGCUGUUCCUGGAGGAGGGCAAGGCCCAGGCGGCCGCCGCCGCGGCCAGCAGCGGCAAAGCGGAGCUGUGA